AGCAAAACCAAUCCAUUUUACAAGAAAUGGCAUCAUCAUAUAUGUCUAUGACACAAACAAUGGUUUCGUCUAAACUAUGUUCAAAGAUUAACACGAAGAAAUAUCACGUGUUAUCAACAACUCAAAAGAAUUCUAUCAAUCUGAUUUUUCAUCUGGAUCGAUCACAACCAAAUAGAAGCACUUUGAAGCAUUACACAAGGGUAAGAAAGUUAGAAUCAGAAUGGGAAGAAAACAAAGAUGUAGAGAACGAAGAUAAAGAGAAAUCAGAUUGGGAAGAGAAGAAAGAUGAAGAGAACGACACCAAGAAGGAAGACCAUCAGGCCGAGGAGACAGUUCUAAAACUAUACAGCAAUAUCAAGGACCGAAACAUCAAGGAGGAAGGCUAUCGGGCGGAAGAGACAGUUCUAAAACUGUACACCGAUAUCAAGGACCGAAACAUCGAUGGCAUUUCAGAAGUUAUCGCAGAUGAAUGCCAAUGCUUUUCCAAUGUUUUAUCCAAGUAUCGACUCUUACAAGGCAAGAAGCAAGUUAUGGCUUUCUUCUACUGGUUGAUCAUGGAGCUGGGUAAAGAUAUCAAGAUUAUUGUUAGACCAACGUCCAAAGAUGGCAUGACCGUUGGUGUCCAAUGGCAAUUCGAAUGUGAGAAGUCACACAUACAAUUGGGGAGGGGAUUCAGUUUCCACAGUUGCCAUAUGUAUCAGGGAAAGCUGUUGAUUAAGAAUGUAGAGAUGUUCAUGGAGCCAAUGUUUCACAUAGCGCCUCUACGACUAAGAACUAUGGCGUUUGCAGUGAGCUUAGCUGAGAAGAUAGUCACUUUCUUAAGACCAGGAGAAAACACAAGGAGACAAGCAAUGGCAUUCCUGCUACUUGCUCUUCUGCUGCUUGCUGCAGCCGCUUUCUACUUCACACGACUGAGACUCUGAUACAUACACAGCAAAUAACAUGGAGCAGGAAAUAACACCACAGAAAAUAAGACUUUCUCUAUGAGUAAGGACUAAAGGAUGCAAAUAUUUCCAACUGGGAAAACAUAGUUAAACACAUUGAGUUUUUUUUUUUUUUUCCUAAGACAUUCAUGGGUGAAUGGCGUUAAAUACAAAACAUCUGCGCCAUUUGCCCUUACACUAGAGUUUCAGUAAUAGAAAAUCACAGAUUUCCUAAA